AUGGCUUCUUUGCAAAGGAAAGGUCUACAGGCAAGGAUUCUCACCUCUGAAGAAGAGGAGAAACUGAAAAGAGACCAAACUUUGGUGUCUAAUUUUAAACAGCAGAAAUUGGAACAAGAGGCUCAGAAAAACUGGGAUCUUUUUUACAAAAGAAAUAGCACUAAUUUCUUCAAAGACAGACACUGGACCACCAGAGAGUUUGAGGAGCUAAGGUCAUGUAGAGAGUUUGAAGAUCAAAAGUUAACAAUGCUUGAAGCUGGCUGUGGGGUUGGAAACUGUUUAUUCCCACUUUUAGAAGAAGAUCCGAAUAUCUUUGCCUAUGCCUGUGAUUUUUCUCCAAGAGCAGUUGAAUAUGUUAAGCAAAAUCCUUUAUAUGACACAGAAAGAUGCAAGGUAUUCCAGUGUGAUCUGACCAAAGAUGAUCUUCUGGAUCAUGUACCGCCAGAGUCGGUGGAUGUUGUUAUGUUGAUAUUUGUGCUGUCAGCUGUUAAUCCUGAUAAGAUGCACCUUGUCUUACAAAACAUUUACAAGGUAUUAAAACCAGGCAAAAGUGUCUUGUUUCGUGACUACGGGCUGUAUGAUCAUGCCAUGCUUAGGUUUAAAGCCGGCAGCAAACUUGGAGAAAACUUUUAUGUUAGACAAGAUGGGACCAGAUCAUAUUUUUUUACUGAUGGCUUUGUACAUAACAUUGUAAAACUGGGCCAGACAAGAUGGCUCAUGCCUGUAUUCCCAGCACUUUGGGAGGCUGAGAUUGGUGGAUCAGCUGAGCCCAGGAAUUCAAGACCAGCCUGGACAAUAUGGUCUCAAUCAAAAGUCUGGAACCUGGGCUUCUUUGUAGGAUAUCUGGCUGUGCUUUUGUAUUAUAUGAACCACAGAAAAUAAUCUUCCAGUAUGAUAUUGUUUUCAGUAUAGUACCUCAACCCCAAUUUUGCCUGGUAUCCCUUUAUCCAGACCUUUUGUUUUCAACUUACGGUCUUAUUCUGGGGUGGGGGAUGUACAGUCUGGCUGUGUGGACUUGCAGGAGAGAUUUAGGGUUCUAACUGCUUCUUACUGACUUCCAACCAAUCCUCCUGUAUUCAGUCUUAUACACACCCCCACUUAUACUAGACGUAGCUGGUACUACCAAACCUGGUCACAAAACUCUAUGGGAGUCUUGAUGCAAGUUGAGUUGCUUCUUGACUUUCAUCCCUGCUGGCUUAAGACUCAGCUUCACAAGCCUGCUAAGUCAGUUGCUAUUUAUCCUGUUUUCUAGCCCUUCAAAUUUUUAAAUGAAAAUUUGUAUUUUUAACUGACAAAUAAUAAUUAUAUAUAUGGAAUAAAUAUGACGUUUUGAUAGUAAUAGAUGUAUACAUUGUGGAAUGAUUAUAUAAAGCUAAUUAAGAUAUCCUUCUCCUCACGUACUUCUUUUUCUUUGUAUUGAGAACAUUCAAAAUCUAUUCUUGGCCAACUAUGGUGGCUCACACCUGUAAUUCCAACACUUUGAGAGGCCAAGGCAGGAAGAUUGCUUGAGCCCAGGAAUUCAGGGGUUCCAGACACCAGCCUGGGCAACAUAGCAAGACCCUGUCUCUAAUAAAAAAAAAAAAAGUAAAAAUAAAUGUUUAAUCUUAAAAAAUUAUUAUUGUUAUUAUUUUUACAAUUUUGAAACUGUAGGGGCCAGGAAAAAACUUCCUCUUUGCCCUCUGAAGAAUAACUAAGAAAAUCACUCACAAAAUGCAGAUUAAUAGGAGAAAUGGCAUAAAAACUUAGUAAUUGCUUUCCUUGGUGGAUCCCUUAGGUCUUUAUGUAGAUAGAGAAAAGGUUUCUUCUAGCAUCUGUUGAUCCCUAAGGACAUUUAAUUCAAAAUACUCAUUAUACCAGGGAGCCAUAUUUGGGGGUAAAAUUCCGGAAGCUCCUUCAAAAUAUACCUUAUUAUUGACAAUGGUCACCAUGUACAAUGGAUCUCAAAAACGUAUUCCUCCUGGCUAACUGAAAUGUGUGCCCUUUGGGUCAACAUCUCCCCUACUCCCUUCCUCCCCCAGCCUCUGGUAACCACCAUUCUACUUUCUGCUUCUAUGAGUUCAACUUUUUAAAAUUCCACAUAUAAGUGAAAUCAUGUGAUAUUGGUCUUUCUGAAUCUGGCUUAUUUCACUUAGCAUAGUAUCUUCCAGCUUCAUCCAUGUUGUUGCAAAUGAUAGAAUUUCCUUGUUUCUAAUGUUCUCCUAAAUUUAAUCAAUUGUAUGGGGUUUAUGUGAUAAAAAAUCCUUUUGCUGUCAUUUUCAUGGGCUUUCCAGAAGGAGCCUAACUAGGUACAUGUGCUUAGUCUGUCUGUUUUUCUUUUUUUUUUUUUUUUAAUAAGCAGGUCUCCCUCUGUUGCCAGGCUGGAUUGCAGUGGCCUGAUCAUGACUCAUUGCAACCUCUGCCUCCCAGGCCCAAGCAAUCCUCCUACCUCAGCCUCCAAGUAGCUGGGACUGCAGGUGUGUGCCAGCAUGUGUGGCUAAUUUUAUUUUUGUAAAGACAGAGUCUCCUUAUAUUGCCCAGGCUGGUCUCAAACUCCUGGGCUCGAGAUCCUCCUGCCUAUGCCUCCCAAAGUGCUGGGAUUACAGGCAUGAGCCAUGGUGCCUGGCCUAGUCUGUCAUCUUUAAACAAUCGGGUUGGGAAGGAAAAGGUAGCAUAUAGAUAUUGAUAGAUGAUUUAAGCAGAAAUAGAUUAGCGUAACUGUCCAUUGUAAAGGGGCUGAAUGAUCUGGAGAAAUGGAGGCAACUCAGGAAAACUGAACUUGGUGGUGUAUGGUUAGAACUAAUGAAAAAUGGCCGGGCACAGAUGCUCAUGCCUAUAAUCCCAGCACUUUGGGAGGGUGAGAGGGAGAAUAAUUUGAGGCCAGGAAUUCAAGGUUGCAGUGAGCCAUGAUUGUGCCAGCCUGGGCAGCAGAGUGAGACUGCAACCCUUAAAAAAAAAAAAAAAAGAACCAAAGAAAUGUUAGUUCCAGGGAUUCCCAGGGACAUGGGCAGGGUCAGAAUGAUGCUGAGUUAAGGUUAGGUGACUGUUCAGAGAGCUACUUCAACUUGUAUCCCAUAUUAUGGAUCAAGGACCUUAAAAAUAGCCAUACUUCUUUUGUUGUAGUAACUCAGUUUGUAGGAUUGUUUCCUAAGAGAUAUCUGACAUAUUCAAGGACUUCUUCACAAAGAUGUUCAUUAGCUGCAUUAUUUAUAGUACCAAACAUUAUAAAUAGUCUAAACCAGAGACCCACAAGCUAUGGCUAUAACAGUGACAAGGAGGCCUAGCGUGACUAACUCCAUUUUGCUCCUAAUCCCCCUGCAGCAAUAACCUGUAUCUUUUAGGUUAACUGCUUUUGCUUAUCUCUGCACGUAGGCCAAGCUAACUAUAGGAGGAAUUUAGUUUAUAGUUUAAAGCAAGGAUGGUAAUAGUGCCUCCCCCAAAACUAACCCCUGAGGAGAUAAGGAGGAUGUAUGCAAGUAAUAAUGUUAUGUUAAAGAUUUACAAGAGUGUUGUGACCUGACCAAGGACAAAGUGUCACCACCUCCUUGGACCCUUGCUGCCACCCAGAUGUGAUCACUGGCCACUUCUUGACCUCAACUCCCUGCCUCUUCCCCCUUCCUCUCACAUAAAAGGAGCCUGAAAUUUGUAUUGACUUAAAAAUGGUUCUUUAGGACAUUACUCUUCCAUUUUCUUGGUUUGCUGGCUCUCUGAAUAAAAUUCACUUUCCUUGCCUCAA